CAUAGCCCAAAUCGAACAAGACAAGAUUGAUGUAUCUGUAAUACCAUUGAUGUCAGAGAGAGAGCUAGCCAAGUACAUUCCCUGUUAUGGGGACAGAGUGGCAGUAGUGGCCUUUUGUCGAAAAACGCAAGAUUCCAUUUCAAAUACAGACAGAAAAAGUAACUUGUUUGAGAGGUUAAGGAAACGAGUAUGCACCACAAGUACCAAAGAAGAACAUCGACAACAUAUUUCAAAACGAUAUGUUGGAAACUCAAAUGCCAAGAAGAAAUCUAAGCGUGUGGAACUGGGCUGGAUGAACUUCAGUGCAAGAGAAAAUGACUUCAAACAAGUUCGGUCUGCUAAAGGUGGAGGAACCAGGCAUGUUUCUAUGGAUGUGAAGUCAACAGUUAGAGAUGUACAGAAAAUAGCAGAGGGGCUCUUUUUUCCAAAUGGUAAAUCCAAACAUCUAGAACUGAAAAGUCUUGACUGCAGCAUUCGAGAUUUCUCCCACAGAAUGGUUGAAUCAGAAUUUACCAUUGAAGAUUUGUAUGAAGAAACAAAGGUAAAAAUUCUCAGACUUUAUCUUUUUACCAAAACCAACAAUAGAGAAAGUACUGCAGAGAAUUCUGACACGAACCCUGAAGCAGAUGUCAUGUUCACCGAGGGCGCCCAAGAUGAUGGUCAAUCAUCUAGCAGCUCUGGCAUCAAAGAAUGUGAAACAAUUGACCUCACAACUUUAGAAGAGUCAGAGGAGACUAGUUUUAUGUUACACAGUCCACUUUAUAUCAUGGACCAGCAAAUAUCAGUCAUGCAGACUGAGACGGUGUUCGAUUACAUGGAGACAGAAAACAGUGAUGAUAUAAUGCAAGAGCAAAUGGCAGCACUGAUUCAGGAAACUUCUGAAAAUGUGAACACAGUGCAAGAAGUAUGGAGUCAAGAGGCUUUCAACACCAAUACCCCAGCACAGAACGUAAGGAUUGCAACUGAUGUGGAAGAGUCGCCAUUUGAGGACUCAUUUGACAAUGUGGUCACAAUUGGAGAAGGUUUAAGUGAUGUUGGGAAUUUGGAGGAUACAAUUCCACUUGAGGAUCCUCCAAAAACAAUUAUUUUGGUGCGAAGAGGACAAGCUCUAUGUGAUUUGAUGCAAGCUUUCAGUGACCCAGCAUUAAUGGACAAAGAGAUCAGUAUUCGAAUGAAACUCCCUAAUGGACAGAUUGAAGAAGGUGUUGGACCAGGUGUUUUUCGUGACUGCUUGUCUGAAUUCUGGGAUGAAUUCUAUUCUAGGUGUGCUUUGGGCACCGAUGUCAAGGUCCCAUUUCUAAGACACGAAUUUCAGAGUAAUGAAUGGCAAGCUGUUGGGAGAAUAUUGGCUAAAGGGUGGGAUGCUGUCAAGUAUUUCCCUAUACGUCUUUCCCUCCCAUUUCUUGAAGAAGCUCUAUACGGUACUACAUAUAGCAGUGUUUAAGAUUCCUUUAUGCACUAUGUGGCAAAACAUGAGCGUGAUGUUUUUGAAGAGGCAAUGACAAACUUCAGCUCAGUUGAUCAUGAGUCGCUACUUGAUGUUCUAGAUUCGAAUGAUUGUCAUCACAGGCCUACAGAAGAAAAUCUUCCAGAACUUUUGGCUCAGUUAGGCCACAAAGCUCUCAUCCAAACCCCUAUGUUUGUGAUUGAGUCCUGGAGACCUAUACUUAAGGAUCUUGCUAAUACUUUGCCCCCACAGAAAUUAGCAAAAAUUUUGCAAGAGCAAAAACCAACACCUAAGAGUGUGAGGGAAAUUCUUGUUUUUCCUGAAGUGAUGACAGCCCAGCAGAGUUUUGUAUCUAGACUUUUGAAGAAAUACAUUAUGGAAUUGGAUGACACCACCUUAAAAAACUUCUUGCGCUUUUGCACAGGGGCUGAUUUGCUUACUGGUAACCGCAUCACGGUGAAUUUCAUUGAAACAAGUGAUUUUCAGUGUCGUCCACAAGCUCACACAUGUGGUUGCUAUCUUAUGUUGCCUUUAAACUACCA